CACAUCGUCGCACAACGAUCGGCAGCCAGCGGAUACGGACAGCGCAGAUUAUGCUAGCACUUCCAGCGAGGACCGCAACGAUUUCCAGGUGGUGCGCAACUACCAGUACGCCGAGGCACCUCCGGUCGAGUACGUGGACAUACCACAACCAUUAACAUACGGAAUCAAGGUGACGUUAACCAACAGGGCUCAACUACCGAAUGAUACAGUAGAAUACAAUCUGUACUUCGGUGAUCGUACCCUAGCACCACCAACAGAGAUCGAGUGUCCGCAGGGAUACGAGCACAAUGUAACCACCGGCGACUGUAGCGAUGUGGACGAGUGUUCCAGCGGUAACUACUGCCAAGGUUCACCUGCCCAGCUGUGCGUUAACACUAUCGGUAGCUAUGAGUGUCAGUGCGCCCCAGGAUAUCGUACUGCAUGGUACGAGCGGGAUGCUGAAGCAGAUCCUGCCGAUGCGGAACUUCACUGCAUCGAUAUAAACGAGUGCCGUGAGCAGGUGCACGAGUGUUCCCACUACUGUACCAAUGUGCCUGGCAGCUAUCAAUGCUAUUGCCCUGCCCAAUACCAUCUGACAUCGGACGGUCGCACGUGUACGAUCAAGCGCAAACGAAACGAACCGAGUGGCCGACUGGUCGGACCACGCUGUCCUGAUGGUUUCCGUUGGCUAGACAAUCGCUGCCACGAUGUGGACGAGUGUGAGCUGCAGGCGGACGAGUGUGGCGAUAGUUUGUCCUGUUUGAACACCCGGGGUUCAUACUUGUGCGUACACACGGCCUGUCCGCCCGAGUAUGAGCAGGACUAUGAGCGUGAAACUUGCUACCUAAACUGCACCCGUACCCCUUACGAUUGUCCGGAUCGGGCGCUUGUCGGGCAAACGUUAUCCCAUCUGAUUAUCACAUUGGAACGCUUCGCAAAUACGCGUCAAUCGCUAGCCAUCGUUUCGGUUCCGGCGGAUCAGCAAACGAUGGCUUACGAUACUAGCUUCAGCUUCCGUGAUCGACAGUACGCGCACAUUUUUACGUUGGAGACGAUGCGUAAAACGUCUGGUGCCGUGCGCCUGUACGCGAACCGGAAACUACAACGUGGUCGUUUCUAUAAGCUCCAUCUUACUGCCAAAUCCGUUUCCAGGAAGACACGACGUGUCGAAUAUGUGCACGAUUUCAUCGUGUACUUGCAUUGGCUCGAAUAAACGCCUUAAACUGAUCAAACUUUGCAACACGGAACCGAUUGGAAUCACGAAUUGAAAAACCAAAGAACUGCAACUUUAAACGUGUUGUAACUGCCGCAUAAAUUCCAUGCAAUCUUACCUAACAUUUUCUACAAUAAAGAACCCAUGUGGGCAGCAGCCUAAUAUGCGGUAU